AUGCCUGUCACAAUAAAGCCUCAGCCCGAAAAGGUCGGUAGCAACACCGAUCCUAUUGCGAAGUCUUCUCAAGACCUGUUCCAUCAAAUAUCGAAAUCAUGGACGAUCGAACUAGAUGGUCACGACAUCCUUGGAGAGACGAUCCAGAGCAACAAGAAGAUAGGCCCUGACGAUCGCCCCAUUGUGCAUUCAUCGCUUGUGGACUUAGAUCAAUCAAGUGGCCACGCUCUUGUCCCAUAUGGAAACGGCUUCGUUGAGGGCAUUCUACGAGCCUUCCAGCAGGAUCUACAUCUGGUCCUGCGCCCAGAUGAUGUAUGGCUUGCCAUUCUUGGCCAAUUUAGCCUCUUCGUGAACGGCAACUCUGAGAAUUUACGAGGCGCAAUCGUUCGGCACGAGGGAAAGGAAACAAUAAACAUUGUUGCGCCUUCUUCAUCCCUCAGUGAACUCGAUCUUGAUUGGAUUUCCGAGGAAGUUAUCUCAAAAAUGCAAGGAUUCCUUGCCGACGAGGAUAUAGUCGACUGGUUACUCCCACGGUUCAGCACUUCGACAACGCAGGAUAAGACAGUAGCCGCGAUGACUCUUAUGGCUACGAUGAAGUCAUAUUUUGAAUACAGAAUUACUUUGGGUUGUGGCUUUCCAUCAGUCACCUUAGAGGGCACCAAAGAGGACUGGGAAGACAUCUCCGACCGGGUCCAAAAAUUUGCCCAGUAUGGCAAGGAAACCAGUCUUUGGUCCACAUAUCUUGGCAAAGUUCUUGACAAGAUGAUCGCAAGUUUUGAUAGACCAGAAGAUCCAAAGAUCAAGGACUUUUGGAUGCAAGCUUGUCAUGCAGCUGGAUACGAAGGCUCUGGAGAUAUCGAGACACUCUCCGGCUGGAUAACUGCUUUCUGCUUUUGGGAUGAGAAGGGCAUGAUUCAAGCAUACAGCGACAGAUCUCUAAGGGGGCUUCUUUCGGAAAUAGACCACAAGCGGUUGAUUCUCGACGACAUACCGUUUCCUAUUAUUCGACGUUCAGACAUCCCUAAAUCUGUUUCCGAUGUUCCUGUCGUUAUCGAUGAUCUGGACUCUGGGCUUACUUACUAUACAACUCUGAUCUCUGGCUUGCUAGGGAUGGAAGCAACAAAAGCGGACAAUACGUUUGACUCUCGCUUCACUCAAUUCCAACCUAGAUCGGGGUGGUGGAUGGUCAUGGAUAGGAUGGAGCCCAUGAUUUCUGUCAAUGCUGCGAUCCCAGCUUUGUUGUUCCCAAACAUUUCCCUUCCUCUGGUAAACAAUAUGUGUACGCUAUAG